AUGGCUGAUCUGACAUCCUUGUCUAUAACUCACGUUCUAUGUGAAAUGUUGGGAGGAUUGGCGCCGCAGCGCAGCGGCGAGCGCAGCAGCAGCAGCAGCAGCCGCGCAGCUGAGGAGGAGGAGGAGGCGACGCUGAGCAGCGCAGCGCGCACAGCCGCGAGCGCCACCGCCUCCGUGGACCACCACCCACGUGGAGGCCCAGGACAACGCCCACUCCGCAAAGAAACUAGCUACGGUGGUUGGUUUUUUAUUACACAAAACAGUGCCAGCGUGUGAUACCAGUGCACAGAGAAUACCUGCGGGUGGGGUGUGCGUGUGCGAGUGAUCGCGAGUGCAGUGGAAGAGCACAAGUGUCGAACAAGUGAAACCUCCGGGUUCGCGCCAAGCUGCGAUAGGUGUCAUCGAUAACAUCCGCGCGCCGCCGGACAGAAAGCCGAAAAGCGAUCGGCGCGGGCGACACAUCAGGGGCCUCGAGGCCUCAUUCUUCGCGCGUGCGCCGUCCGUCACCCCACUUGCGCGCGCGCCAAACAACCGAGUGUCGCCGGCGUCGCGCCGGCCUUUACGAAAUCCUGGCGCGUGCGCGCGGCGCUUUCUAACCCGUCGCCGAACGCGGCCGCGACCUCCCGCGGCGACUGCAUCGGCAGAGCGUCCACCGUCGGCCUCCCCCUCGUGUGGAGCGAUGUCGUGACGCGCGCCCGCGGUCGACCAGCCAUGGAAUCGAGUGCCAUACCGACCGUUGACGAGUGAGAGUGGACUGGCAGACUGACGCGGACAGGCAUCGAACCGCCACCAUGAGGAAGGACAUUAAGAAGUCGUCGUACUACGUGUGGUUCUUGGGCGCCCAGGAGUCCAAGGGGCUGCGCGGUGCCGAGUAUGUGGUACCGGUCGUCAAGAGUUUGGUGCAGCGGGAGAGAGACGUGGAACCGUUCAAGGUGACGCUGCAAGUCAGCCACAAAGGGUUGAAGAUCAUUCAAAACAUCCCUCCGGCGGCAGCCGUUGGCGCGGCAGGGGGCAAGUCGGUGAAAAACGCCAAACCCGAGGUGGUGAAGCACUUCAUCCCGCACCACGCCGUCACCUGCGUGCUGCAGGACGAUGACAUCGUAGCGUGCAUUUUGUUGCUGUACAACCCGGUCACGAAAUGCCCGGUCCACGUGCACGCGUACCGCUGCGACUCGGUGGAGACGGCCGAGAUCCUCCGGGGCCAGCUGCAGACCCUGAUCGAGCGGCCGGACAACCAGAAGAAGCUGAACGAGAUCGAGGCCCGUCUUGCGCGCCAAAGAGUUGCUGGCGGCGCCGGCGCGGGAGCGAGACGCCGGGUUGCCCGACCGCGGGGGUGGG